UGCCAAUUAGCUGCAAAUCUGAGUUCCCUAACAAAAGACCAGGUCUGGGGGAAAGCAAAUAGGAGACAAGUUUUCUAUAACUCACUUUAUCCCAAGAACACAACCAGCCUGGGAAAUCUACAAAUUUCUCUUUAUACUGAAAGUCUAGCGAAAAGGGUUGGGAAUUAGGGUGGGGGAGUGAGGUGGAGCCAGGCCCCAAUGCCCACCCUAGAGCUAUCAGAGUCCUGUAAAGUUCUUGUGCAAGGAGAUAACUGUUUUUGAUGGGUUGAACUGGCCAGAAAGCCUUGGGAGGUUGCCAGAACUGGCUUGAGGCAUUUUCCACCAGCCUAGGGCAUAGCAGUCAGGGACAGAGGACAUAAAGGCCAAGUGGGAGCAGUAACUGGGAGGGGAGCACAGGGAGCCCCACUCUAGGCUCUUUGGUAGGCUCAGGCCUCCCUUUAUUCUGGGACUCUGCAACAGGCAGGGCAAGUGGCCUGAGGGCUUCAGAGAACCGGUUAAAGCACUGUCUCUUAAGACUGCUGGAGUCCCUAGCACAUGCUCAGGGCUCCGGUACAGGUUGGAGUCAUGGAGGAUGAAGAUCUGAACCAACAGGAGCAUGAUGGCACCCCUUCUCAGAUGUCCCCACUCGAGGCUGAAGCCCGUGGCUACACCCUGUUCAGAGUCUUGGACAGAGAGUUCAUGAUCAAGGUGAGCAAGCGCCGGUGGGUGGUGGUCCUGGUGUUCAGCUGCUACUCCAUGUGCAACGCCUUCCAGUGGAUCCAGUACGGCUCCAUCAAUAACAUCUUCAUGAACUUCUACGGGGUCAGUGCCUUUGCCAUCGACUGGCUGUCCAUGUGCUACAUGCUGGCCUACAUCCCUCUGCUCCUGCCGGUGGCCUGGCUCUUGGAGAAGUUCGGCCUGCGGACCAUCGCCCUCACUGGCUCCGCUCUCAACUGCCUGGGGGCCUGGGUGAAGCUGGGCAGCCUGCAGCCGCAUCUCUUCCCAGUCACGGUGCUGGGCCAGGUCGUCUGCUCCGUGGCCCAGGUCUUCAUCCUGGGUAUGCCCUCCCGCAUUGCUUCCGUCUGGUUUGGAGAUGAUGAGGUGUCAACCGCCUGCUCCAUAGCUGUCCUCGGCAAUCAGCUUGGAAUUGCCCUUGGGUUCUUGGUCCCUGCUGUCUCGGUACCCAACAUCGACAACCCUGAUGAGCUUGCCUACUAUAUCAGCAUCAUGUUCUACGUAACAGCAGGGGUGGCCACUCUGCUUUUCAUCCUUGUCAUUGUCGUGUUCAAAGAGAAACCUAAACAUCCCUCCAGCAGGGCCCAGUCCCUGAGCUAUGCCUUGGUGUCUAGUGAUGCUUCGUACUUAAGUUCCAUCAUCCAACUCUUCAAAAACCUCAACUUUGUGCUGCUAGUCAUCACCUAUGGUCUGAAUGCUGGUGCUUUUUAUGCCUUGUGCACCCUGCUGAAUCGCAUGGUGAUCUUCCACUACCCGGAGGAAGGUGUGAUAGUUGGAAGAAUCGGCCUGACCAUUGCUGUUGCAGGAAUGCUUGGGACUGUGAUCUCAAGCAUCUGGCUGGAUAGGACCAAAACCUACAAGGAGACCACCCUGGUACUCUACAUCAUGACUCUGGUGGGCAUGGCGGGGUACACAGGGACCUUGAACCUGGGACACCUGUGGAUAGUAUACAUCGCUGCUGGGAUAAUUGGCUUCUCCAUAACCGGCUAUCUCACUCUGGGGUUUGAGUUUGCCGUGGAGCUGACAUACCCGGAAUCAGAAGUUGUGUCGUCUGGCCUCCUCAAUGUGUCUGCCCAGGUAGGCCUCUCGUUGGGUGGUGGCCUUGAAGCUGUGAGUCUGGGUUCCCUGCUGGGCUCAGCGGGUGCAGGCGCUGCAUAAGGCAGCUCAGCUCCCUGUGGGCUGCGUGGCUGGGCCCCUGUUUCCUGUCUUCUCCGUGUCUUUGCAGGUAUUCGGGAUCAUCUUCACCAUCUCCCAGGGCCAGAUUAUCGACAACUAUGGAACCAUGCCUGGGAACAUCUUCCUGUGUGUCUUCCUGACCCUUGGAGCAGUGCUCACUACAUUCACUAAGGCAGAUCUCCGGAGGCAGAGGCUCCUGAGAAUAUUUAGGGAAAUGGAAGUCCUGGGCUGAUGUUUGCAGCAACCAGAGAUAAUUUAAAACCCCAGGAGGGGGAGGUGGAGGAGGACAGCAAGAGCAGCAAAGCCCCCACCACUGUCCAGGAGGAGCAUUUCUGAGAGAGGGCAGAGGAGCAACUCUGGGGACUCGGACCACCCCCACCUCUCCAGCC